AUGCACCAGUUGGUCUGGAAAGCACUCGCGAUCGUCAUCAUCCUUGGUUGGGCGGCGUCAUCCAUGCGAAACGGCCAGAAUCGGAUCGAUCCGGAUCAGGACCCGGACGAGGUCCUGAGGCAGUUGCACCAGUUUGCGGUGAACGCCGAGUUCAACACGGAGGCGCUCGAUCUCGCCGCGAAGCAGGUCGUCGACACCCCGCCGCGUUGCCUGGCCGGAUUCUCGUUCGACGAGGGCCAGCGAGCGGCCAAAAAAGACGUGUUCUGCACGUGGCCGCUCCGCUGCAAGUGCGGGCACACGAGUGGGAAGGUGCUCGGAUACUCCCUGAAAGAACGGAACCCGAAGUACGAUGGGCCCGAGCUCUUCCUGAGCCCGCUCGCUUUCGAGUGCGUCGAUUGCAGGACAACCACCGAGAUCAUCGAUACGGCCGAGCACGGCUACGACGCUGAGAUCUGUCACGAUCCGAGAGCCGCGAUGCGCGGCGAAGGCCCGCGCCAGGUCUUCCAGUGCGAGCACUGCAAUCAUUCCGAGUUCGAACUCGAAGCCGUCUUCGGCCACUCGCACUUCGACCACAUCGAUGACGAACCCGAACUCGCCCCGAAGGCGAUGGAUCACUUCGAUACGUUCAACUUCGCCAUGGCGAAGAAUCCCUCCCCCAAACCCAAUCUCCUCUCCGGCGGCAACCCCCAGAUCCCCAAAGGCGAGGGCGACGCCCCCGUUCAGGCGUACAUCGACGCCAUGCCCGGUUGGAAACGCGACGUCGGCCGGCGCCUCGACGAGAUCGUCGCCAGCGCCGUGCCGAAGGUGUGCAAGGCGGUGAAGUGGAACUCGCCCUUCUACGGCGUCGAGCCCGGGCGGUGGUUCCUGAGCUUCCACUGCUUCGAGAAGUACAUCAAGGUCACGUUCUUCGACGGCGCGAGCCUCGACCCCGUCCCGCCCGAGACGUCGAAAUACGAGAACGUGAAGUACGCCCACAUCCGCGAGGGCGAGGCGAUCGACGAGAAGCUCUGGACGAAGUGGGUGAAGCAGGAGCGAGUGCCGCUCUACGACUACCGAUGCCCCGCCAACGGCCGCACCGUCGAGGUGCGGCACUCGAUGCGCGAGUCGGUCUCUUCGUGGGGCGAGCUCUGCGAGCUGGCCGGGUUGGACGCGGGAGAGACCUCCGCGAACAGCCAUGUCGAACGGCUCGUGUCCGUCCCGGCGGUGUUCGCGAAGGCGGGUCCUCCGGCUGGCGGGGGGAGAGUUCCGUUGACACGAAUGAUUUCCAAAAUGAUGGGCAAGCGAGAGCGGCUCCCCGUCACCGUCCUCUCCGGCUUCCUCGGGUCGGGCAAGACGACCCUGCUCAACCAUGUGCUCCGGAACCGCGAGGGCCUGCGCGUCGCGGUGAUCGUCAACGACAUGAGCGAGAUCAACAUCGACGCGGAGCUGGUGAAGCAGGGGGGCGCGAGCCUCGACCGCGUCGAGGAGGAGCUCGUCGAGAUGUCCAACGGCUGCAUCUGCUGCACGCUGCGAGACGACCUGCUCAAGGCCGUCUCGCGUCUCGCGCGGGAGGGGAAGUUCGACUACCUGCUGAUCGAAUCGACCGGCAUCUCCGAGCCGCUCCCCGUCGCGCAGACGUUCACGUUCGAGGACGAGGAGGGCCACUCACUCUCGAAGCUCUCGAAGCUGGACACGAUGGUCACCGUCGUCGACGCCUCCAACUUCCGCACGGAAUUCGGCUCGUACGACGACCUCGCGGACCGCGAUAUGGGGCUCUCGGAGGAGGACCAGCGGACGAUCGCGGACCUGCUCACCGAUCAGGUCGAGUUCGCGGACGUGAUCCUUGUGAACAAGUGCGACCUCGUCGACGAGGAAGAGCUGCGCCGCGUCGAGGCGAUGAUCCGCUCGCUCAACGCCGACGCGAAGCUUGUCCGCACGACGAACGCCGAGAUCGACCUCCGGGAGAUCAUCGGGACCGGCCGCUUCGACAUGGACAAGGCGAUGUCCUCACCGCAGUGGAUCAAGGAGCUCAACCACGAGCACACGCCGGAGACCGAGGAAUACGGUAUCUCCAGCUUCGUCUUCUGCGCCCGUCGCCCGUUCCACCCGCAACGCCUCUACGACAUGGUCACCGGCGGUUUCCUCAAGACGACCCGCUCGAAGGGCUUCUGCUGGCUCGCGACGAAGCACGAUUUCGCCGCGAUGUGGUCGCAGGCCGGCGGAUCGUUCCGCAUGGAGCCGGCCGGACGGUGGUGGGCGGCGGCGCCAAUCGAGCACUGGCCGGAGGACAACGAGUCACGCGGGUGGAUCGAGUCCAAGUGGGCCGAGCCAUUCGGCGAUCGGCGCCAGGAAGUCGUGAUCAUCGGUGUCGACCUGGACGAGUCCUACACACGCGGCCUGCUCAACAGUUGCCUCGUCACGGACGAGGAACUCGCGAUGGGCCCGGACGCGUGGGCGUCGUGGCCCGACCCGUUCCCGGAGUGGGUCUUCCAGCCAGCGGCCGUCGAAUAA